AUGAGUACAAGUGUUAGCUGGGGCGGUAUGGGAGGCGGUACCUCCGGCGGCGGCGGUGGAGGCCAGAAAAGUGGCAGUGGAAGCGGAAAUGGAAGUGGGAGUGGAAGUGGAAGCAGCGGUGGGAGUGGUGGCAACAACGGCGGAGAUAAAGGCAAUAGUGGGAGCAGCGGCGGCGGAGACCAACCGCAGACUUACCAGAUCCAGGUCGAUAUCAGCGACCCCUGCCCACCUGAAGCCAGAGAUGAUGAUAAAGGCUGGGACUCGGACGGUUACUACACGAACCAUGACUACAAGUAUAGCAAGUAA